CAGACAAAGAGCCGUGUCGAAGCCACAUGUGCAGUUUCAGAAACCGACAACUGCUGCUGAUAUUCCUCAGGAAAGUCCUAAUGAGGUCGAUUAGGUUGGUAAAGAGCAGGAAACGGGGAGUCCUGCAGUAGGAGAUCUCAACCAGGAGAUGGUAGCUGCUUUAGAAAAGGAGGUACAGAAAUGGAAGAGCAGAUGUGAGAACCUGAAACGUACACUGGCCGAAACAGAGAUAAAACUAAGCGAAGCGUUCCGAGAGAUUUCAGAUCUUCGCAUGAUGGACCAUGAUGCGCAUCCCAUGCUGGCUCCUGCGCCUGAAGUGGAUCAUAACAUCGAGUCUAGACCUCAAGGUACAGUUCCAGUUUCUGACGUAAAAUCAACAAAACAAGCUAAGCCAGUUAAAACGGAGACCACUGAAAAGCAACCUCAAGCCCAACAAGCACUCCAGGAGACUAUUGACUAUUGAACCCAAAGAAUCAUCAAACCAAAAGACCAGCAUGAAACCUAAGCCCACACAAGUGAAGGCAAGAUACUUAGAACAGAGGCCGCCUACAGAGAAGCUGCCCCCAAUCCAGACGCCUCAGGAGGGGAGCCAACUGGAGGAGGCAGUAAAAUAUGAGCUGACCAGCAAGCAGUCACGCGAACUCAAGCUGUUCCAGGCAGGGGACAUGCAGGGCAAGCUGAAUACCCUUAUUAUGGAGAUAAUGGAGUUCAUAACAGAGGUGGGCCGACAACUGCAGGGUGACAAGGGUGAUGAAGAGGGUAACAAAAUUCAGGCAAUGAAAGCGUUCACGUUCGAGCAGCAGCAAAAGAAGCUUAAGGAGACAAAGGACGCGAAAGAGGAGGAAUGGGGGCACAAGAAAAGUCAAGUGUUCUUUUGUGGGCAGACAGCAGUUACCAAACUGAGAGAGGCGUUCGAGACAUUGUACAGCUCCCUUAAUCUUCAUGUAAUGCCGACGUCGAGCCAGACGCUCAUACUUAAGAAAGGCGUACUUACCGAGGAUGAAGUGCGACCGACGUCGUCGGGCCAUCGGCCGGGAUCUCAGUGCUCUGUGCCGACAGAUUGCGAGUCCCGUACCCCGGUCCACUGCAGCAUCGUGACCGUAUUCAAUUUAGGGCAGGUGCUGGUGGGUGUGGGAAGGGACAUGCCGGACCGGGACGCUGUGCAGGCCCUUGGCGCGAGUCUGCGCAACUCUUCAAACAUCAAACUGUACCAAGGGGUUACACCAGCAUCCUCGCAUUCGACCCGGACUCGAAAUCCUAUCUGUGACGUGGCAGCGCCGAACGAUCUAGCUUGCCCGGACGCCAAUGUCAUUCGCAGUGACAACAUCUACCGGAUCGCCCCAAGUCUGCACAUGCGCAGUGACACACCACCCAGUUGUCCGAACGCCGCAGUUUUCAGUUUCUGGAUCAACGAAAACGUGCCCCACUUGGAGUUAAAAUUGUUAGACUUCACUUACACGACCGCAUCUUGUGACAUUCUAUUUCGAGUUUUUGAUUAUGUUCGCAAACCUUAUUUAAUGACAUGAGGUUAGUUAAAACAAAGAACUUAAUUGUAUCGACCGGCUACAGCUGGUACUAUUGGUGACUUAAAUCAAAAAUGUAUUAUAAUUGCAAAGACGGACCUCGAUCAAAUAUAUCCCUCAUACUACGUAAAUAAUAAUUUUAUAAUAACAAAAUACAUAUGUACUAGCUAACUACAAUAACUACUGUUGCUGCUGCUAGUACUGCUAGUAUUACUUUUAAUAAUAAUUGUGAGCAAAAUGAAAUAAAGAAUGUUGCUACAAAAAAACAACCAGUAAAUCGGUUUAACUCAACUCAACAUUCCCGUACGAAGUAUUCAAUUCGAUCCCCUCGAUAUCCGGUCGACGCGACCAGGAAUAAACUCCCGCUGGGUCGUCGAAUUAUGUACUUCAGCGGAUAUGGCAAAAGCUAUACAGUCGGGACUUCAAGUGGGCACGGACCGGCUGGUGUUUUACCCGCACGAUGACGUCAUUAGAAGGGAAACAGCGGCCUAUAGAAACUACACGGAGGUUGUUAAUGCUCAUGCAGUGAUAGCGGCGUCUGCUGAUAAUGCAGUGCGCGGGAAACUUAAACACGCAGUUUCCAGCGGUCUGUCACUCAAGACCUUAAAGAUACAUGUAUCAUGAAGAUAACUAAAUGGAAGUGACAUUUGAAACUAUGUGACUAUGUCGUUAUGUUAAUUUAGGUCGUUUGGGAUAUGUACAAUAGCAUGUACCAAAGGUGCCGCAAUUUUUUGAGUAAGGUACAGAUUCAAGUGGAAUACUUACAUAAACGCCAUUUCAAUUCAAAUAUCCACAUACAUUUAUGACACAAAUACGCUUCCAUAUUGUUGUUGUAGUUUUUGUUUGUUUUAAAUACUUAUAAUAACUUUUAACAUAUUGAAUCAUUUCCCACCUUUAACACAAAGUA